UUAUGGACAGAAGGAGUAGGAAAUUGACAAAUAUUGUUAAACAGUCGAUGUUACAUGGCUCGAACACAUUUUAUACAAUAAUAAAAAAAUACAAAUUAAAACAAGGAAAUAUAAUAUUCCUUGGGGUUGGGCCACUAAAUUAAUAAAACCUAACUUACUAAUAAAUGCAAAUUUCAGUUUCCAAACAAUAUUAAAUGCAUCAGCUGCAAUUCCCACCCACCUCUUCUUUCUCUUCUCCUAACUAAAUUAAUUAAAAUUAAAUUUUCAAAAAAAUAAAAAAAUAAAAAUCUCUAUCACUCUCUUCUCUCUCUCUCUCCCACAUGGACCCAGACUUCUUCUUUACCAUCAGAUGUCAACAGUCGCCUCCUCCGCCUCCGUCUUCCUAGUCCACCCUCCUUUUCCACCGUCGCCACCGCACGGUGGUAACCACUCUUACCUCACAACUCUAGGCUUUGGCUACUCCAUAGCCAUAGCUCUCGGUUUCCUCGUCCUUCUCUCAACCGUCCUUUUAUCCUCAUACAUCUGUUGCCGUGACUCUCGGCGCCGCACAACCGCCGUGGAAUCCGCAGGAGAUCAUGGCGGAAGUGUAAUCCUUCCUCGCAUAAUCUUCGUCGCUGAAGAAGACAAUGAAGAUCUCGAAGCAGGUGAUGUCGUCGUGGGACUCGAUCAAGCCGUCAUCAACUCUUACCCUAAGUUCCACUUUUCGAAGGAUUCCUCCGCGGCUUCCUCUGAUGGCUUUGGUGGCGGAGGAGAUACGACGUGUUCGAUCUGUUUGUGUGAGUAUAAAGAAGCGGAGAUGCUGAGGAUGAUGCCCGAGUGUAAACACUACUUCCACUUGUGUUGUCUUGAUGCGUGGCUAAAACUCAACGGAUCUUGUCCUGUUUGUCGGAACUCGCCGCUUCCGACGCCGACAUCAACGCCUCUGUCAACACCUUUGUCGGAAGUUGUGCCUCUUUCGCAGUACGCCGCCGAUCGGAGGAGAGCGAGAAGAUGAUAUUAUUAUUACACAGAUCCAUUCGCCUAAUUAAUUAGGGUAAUUCCUAGUAUUAUUUUUGCUCCGUUUCAUCACAACGUUCCUGAUUCAGUGAUUUGUAAUUAAAAAUCCGUCAAAAGUGGAGUUUGCCAUUAAUAUCAUCGAAAUGAAAUCCAGUUUGAAUCAUC